CUGUUGUCACUUUUCCUCCAGCUUUUUCCUCCAGAAAAGUUCUCCUUCCUUCUUUCCCUUCCCAAUCCCAUCAUUUUCUAGAGAAACUCCUCUCUCAGAACCACCACAAACCAUCACAAUGGCCUCCUCCCGUGUCUUCGCCCAGCGUCUGGCCUCCACCAUGGCCGCGACCACCAAGGUCGCUCGCCCUGCCGCUCGCCUCCAGCUUGCCCCCAAGCGCACCUUCACCACCCAGCGCAAGGCCGUCCCCAUGACCCCCUUCCAGACCGUCAAGCGUCAGUCUCCCUCCGGCCUCAUCCAGGCCAACGCUCGCCAGGCUUUCGCUGCCCAGCAGGCCCGCCGCCAGUACUCCUCUGAAAUCGCCGACGCCAUGGUCCAGGUCUCCCAGAACCUGGGUAUGGGUUCCGCUGCCAUCGGUCUCGGUGGUGCCGGUAUCGGUAUCGGUCUCGUCUUCGGUGCCCUCCUCCUCUCCGUCUCCCGCAACCCUGCCCUCCGUGGUCAGCUCUUCUCCUACGCCAUUCUUGGUUUCGCCUUCGUCGAGGCCAUUGGUCUGUUCGACCUGAUGGUUGCCAUGAUGUGCAAGUACGUUUAAAUUAUGACCGAGGGAUGAUUGCAGUCACGACAUCUGCGGAGAUUUUAUGAUCCACUCCAAACCUCCGAUUGCAAACCAUUACUAUUUUGGAGAGAUAAGGGGAAUUUGGAGGAAUAUCAGCAAAAUUCUUUGUUUUUGAGAUUGUCAUGGCUGUGAUAGGAGGUAAUUCUAUUGUGGUGGUCUUUUUAUAUAUCAUGUACUACUUUUCCCGUCAUCAUCUACAACCAUCAAAUACACUGUACAUAUAGAGAUUUAAAAUGGCCACUAAACUCCACGGAUUUGCCAGCUACAUUUGAUUGUAGAAUUGGGACGUUAUAUCCACAUCGAUCUUGAUGAUUCUGCUGCUGUUCAAAUCCUGCCAGUUUUGACCCAUGACUGGGAAAAAACCUGGGGUAACGACAGUGCUCGGUCCAGCUAAGCUGGUCAGGUCAGAUCUCUGAACCAAUUAUCAUAUGAUCACGCUUUCAAGCUUGUCGGUCAGACUGAACAGCUAGACAAAGACCUGGUCUCUGAAGGCGUAAGGUGUGGUUGUCAGCCAGACAGGUACGAGCUUGAUGCCAGCUGUCGACAACGAAACGGUUGUCCCGGAGUCUCCGGGGAGCUCUUCCCUCCCGGCUCCCUCCCAACAAAGGGCGAUUACCGCCUUAUAAACCAGCUUCCUCCUAACAUCUAACUACACCAUGACAGUCAAUUGAACUAAUUUCGAACCUAGAGAA